AUCUGGGCUAGUUUUAUCCGCACUUCAUACAGCACAACUCAUUCUCUCCUCCCCGCCCACUCCGGAAAACCCUACCGCAUCGCCGCCGCCGCCGCCAUGGCUUCGUCGUCGCCUCCGGCGAGUAGCCGCCCGCCUGGCCCGUUUGCUCUAGGGUUGGAGUCCUCGGCUAACAAGAUUGGCAUCGGCGUCGUCUCCAUCUCCGGGCAAAUUCUCUCCAACCCGCGCCAUACGUACAUCACCCCGCCAGGCCACGGUUUCCUGCCCCGGGAGACCGCGCAACACCACCUCGUCCACCUACUCCCUCUACUCCGCGCUGCACUCGCCGAGGCCGAUGCCUCUCCUGCCGACCUCGCCUGCAUAUGCUACACCAUGGGCCCCGGCAUUGGUGGACCACUCCAGGUCGCCGCCGCAUCGGCCCGUGCUCUGUCGCUCCUAUGGGGGAAACCGCUUGUCGCCGUAAAUCACUGUGUCGCACACAUUGAAAUGGGCCGCGCGGUCACCGGAGCCGUGGACCCCGUUGUGCUCUACGUCUCAGGUGGCAACACGCAGGUCAUCGCGUACAGUGAAGGGAGGUACAGGAUCUUCGGUGAGACCAUUGAUAUUGCCGUCGGGAACUGCCUUGACCGCUUUGCGAGGAUCCUCGAGCUCUCGAAUGACCCGAGCCCUGGGUAUAACAUCGAGCAGCUUGCAAAGAAGGGAGAGAAGUUCAUCGACCUCCCUUAUGUUGUAAAGGGUAUGGAUGUGUCAUUUAGUGGCAUAUUGAGCUUCAUCGAAGCUGCAGCAAUUGAGAAGCUUGAAAAUAAUGAGUGCACACCAGCAGACCUGUGCUACUCUUUGCAGGAAACUCUCUUUGCUAUGCUUGUUGAAAUCACUGAACGUGCCAUGGCACAUUGUGAUUCGAAGGAUGUUCUUAUUGUUGGUGGUGUUGGAUGCAAUGAACGUUUGCAAGAGAUGAUGAGGAUUAUGUGCUCAGAGAGAGGGGGUAGGCUGUUUGCAACUGAUGAUCGAUAUUGUAUAGACAAUGGUGCGAUGAUUGCAUACACUGGUUUACUGGCAUAUGCACAUGGUGUGAUCACACCCCUGGAGGAUUCGACAUUUACUCAAAGGUUCCGAACUGAUGAAGUUCAUGCAAUUUGGAGGGAGAAAGAGGUGCCAGUAUUAAAUAACAUGGAUUCUGAUACAGUAGCUGAAGUAUCCAUAGAUGGAGUCUCUGUGCCGACUCCAAUUGCUGUAGAUUCCUGAGGUGCUCGUGCCUUUCGUUGAUUAUUUCGGAAAGAUUGCGUUGCUACAAAUAUGAGGCUCUGCUUGAUGAUUUCUAGAAAGCCUUGAAGGCUAAUGGCAGAGUGCCUUCUACUGUUUGUUCGUCACACAAUGACUGACUGGAAUCCCUCACCAGUUGCAGUGAUCCACAGAAAGACAUUGCUAACUACUCUCCCCGUUCCAAAUUACUCCCUCCGUCUCAAAAUUCUAGUCUUAGGUUUGUCUAAAAAUAGAAAAGCGGGACCAGGUACAUUCAUAUCUAGAUAAAUGUAAGACAAGAAUUUUCAAAAUUCUAGUCUUAGGUUUGUCUAAAAAUAGAAAAGCGGGACCAGGUACAUUCAUAUCUAGAUAAAUGUAAGACAAGAAUUUUGGGAUGGAGGGAGUAUUUGAAGGUCUAGGUUUGCCCCAAGUUAAAACCCUGUCAAGUUUGACCAAGUCUAUAAAAAAGUGAACCAACAUCUACAACGCCAAAUUUACUUUACUAGAUUCAUCAUAAAUUAUAUUUUCAUACUAUACAUAUUUGAUGUUGUAGAUAUUGGUAAAUUUUUCUAUAAACUUUAUCAAACUUGGAAGAGUUUGACUUACACAAAGCUAGAACUUUUGAGUAAUUUGGGACAGAUGGACUAACCUUCCACUCCUAUGUGUGAUACUAGUAUUUGAUGUAAACGUGAACUUAAAGGUUGAGAAAGUACUUUAUGUUGGCAGCACCGUUCCCAUUUUGAAAGAUGCACCUUGCACUGCUAUGUGUGUGAUACUAGUGUUUGAUGUAAAAGUGAACUCAAAUUGAGAAAUUAUAUUGGUAGCAUUGAUCCCAUUUUAAAA